UCUGCUCUGUCCAGAGCAGAUGCCCCAUUGGUGCACGGCAGAGUCCUCUGCCCUUGGCACCCGACCAGUAGAAGGGGAGUUGAGAAUGUGUGUGCGUCCACAGUGAGAUGUGUGUGUGUGUGUGUGUGUGUGUGUAUGUGUGUCAAGUUGAGAAUGAGUGUGCGUCCACAGUGAGAUGUGUGUGUGUGUGUGUGUGUGUCUCAAGGGAAACAAGUGGGGAGCAGCAAGUGAUUGUGGCCUGUGGCGUGGGUGUUGUCCUUGGCCACCUGGUGACAAGAUAUGGUCCUCUGUCCAUUGUUCGCUACUAAAAUGUUAUGCACAGACAACUAACACAACAGUAUCAGACACAUGACACAGAACAGUACGCUGUUAGUAUCAGACACAUGACACACUCCUGUAACAGCAUUUAUAAGACCAUUUUACACAACAUAUUACUCAGAUCAAUCUAUAACAUUUUAUAUUUACUACGACAGAAGCUUGAGGGCAAAAAAGCUCUAAAGACGACGCACAUAGCUGUUCUACAAACGUCAGCCGUAGGCGUUAGAUUACCAGCGUUUAAAUGCAACGUUAAUGACGGUAACUAGUAACUUAAUACCACAAACAAUGUUAAACAUGCUAGGCCAAAGUCAAGGUUUCAUUCGUUCAUGAUUGUUGGUCCAACGAAGGAGAAAAACAGAAUCUGCGAUGUAAUUGAAUGCACUCGAGAUGCUCAGACAUUGGACAUUAUUUCCUGCCCUUCCCAAAUAUCCCUUUGGCCUCCCACUUCUACACGGUGCCUGCAACAUACCUGUCGUGGGCUCGGCUAUACUACACAGAGCUACAGUACAUUGAACUCCGUGUGACUGGUUGUGGGCCCUCCCUUCUCAAAUAUCCCUAUGGCCGCCUCCUACACCGUGCUUGCAACAUACCUGUCGUGGGCUCGGCUAUACUACACAGAGCUACAGUACAUCUAGUUCUGUAAACAUCUUGAGGUAGCUCCGUGUGACUUGUGUGAGGACGGAACGGAGCGCAGCGCAGCUCGAGGUGGCCAUUCGGAAUAAUUUUACAUCGCUGUGUCUGCCUGCGGUGCACUUCCAGCGGUCAACUUCAAACUAUUUGUUUUUGGGUUUCGGACCUAUUCGAUUUUGUUGUUGUUGCCCCUAGCCGGAGAAGAGGCGAGAGGGAGGGGUAUAGAGUGCGUAAUGAAGGAUACGGAUAAAGAGAAUGAAGGAGGCGGAAGGAGAACGGGAACAGCAAAAUCCGAGAAAGAUCAGAGCUGGAUCCCCAAGAUCAUCAAAAAGAGAGUUUGCACCACGUUCAUAGAGGACUCCUUUAGCAAUGGUGUGUUGUGUCAGUGUGGGGGUGUGCGGGAGACACACUGCUCCAUCGCUACAGGAGACUAUUUCGGGGCGGCCAUCGUCACCCAGUGGGACAGCUCUCAGCACUCCUCAGAGUACCCCACCGACGCCUUCGGAGAGUUGGAGUUCGCAGGGGCCGGCAGGAGACACAGCCAUUUCCUGCGUCUGUCAUGCGACACCCCACCUCAUAUCAUGUACAGCCUGAUGACGGCCCAUUGGGGGGUGCCCUCCCCCAACCUGGUGGUUUCUGUGGUGGGGGGGGGGAGGGGUCACGAGAAGGUCAAGACCUGGGUCAGGGAGGUGCUGAGACAGGGGCUGGUCAGGGCGGCACAGAGCACAGGGGCGUGGAUAGUGACGGGGGGGCUGAGGGAGGGGGUGGGUCGUUGUGUUGGGGAGGCAGUGAGGGAUCAUGCGGCGGCGGCCUCCUCCCUGUCCCAGAAGAAAGUCAUCGCUGUGGGCGUGGCCCCCUGGGGCCUCGUGCACAACAGACAGUGGCUCGUCAACGCUGAGGGUAGUUUUCCAGCACGGUAUUAUGUCCAGAACACAUCCAGUGAUUCGUGCUGCCUGGAUAGUAACUACCAGGCCUUCCUGCUGGUAGAUGAUGGGAGUGUAGGCCGGCGGGGAGGGGAAACAGCCUUCCGGGCUAAGAUGGAGGACUACAUCUCCCACCAGCGCACCGGCAUCUGGGGUAGUGGCAGUAUAGAUGUCCCUGUAUUGUGUAUGCUCAUCUCAGGGGAAGCUGCCAUGCUGGAGAGGAUGGAUCUCUCUCUGAAGAAGGCUACUCCCUGGCUGGUGUUGAAUGGUUCUGGUCCAGCGGCGGACCUUAUCUGUGAGCUGCUGGAUGCCCUGUCAGCCGUGCCCAUGAGCCCCCACUCUCCCCCUCCAGAGGGUGAGGGGAGCGAGAAGGCCAGCGUGGAGCUGCGCGACAGAGCCCGUGAGAGGGUCCGGAGAUACUUCCCUGCCAAGGCAGACCUGGAGAAGCUUGUGGACAGGGCUCUGAGUAUCUAUAAAAACAGAGAUCUGAUCACAGUGUUCCACGGGGAGCAGGAGAGUCCUGAUGAUUUUGAUACAGUGCUACUGAAGGCUCUUGUCAGAGCUAGUAAACGUGUGUCAAGCGAUGCCAGUGAGUACACAGAGGAGCUGAAGCUAGCAGUAGCCUGGAACAGGGUGGACAUCGCUAAGAGUGAACUCUUCAACGGAGACAUCCAAUGGAGGUACGAGGACCUGGAGGACUCCAUGACGGAUGCGCUGAUCAACGACAAGCCCCAGUUCAUACGUCUCUUCAACGAGAACGGCCUCAACAUCCUGGACUACCUAACUUACAGGCAUCUGGAGGUCCUGUACCGCUCGCUGUCCGACAGUUCUCUGGCCUACACGCUGCUCCAGCGGCUUCUCACAGAGAGGCAGGGCCUGGCCGGAUACCUGCCUACCGCUGCCUGCUCUCCGAAAGAGGCCUUAGCCCUCAAGAGCCCCCAGAGCCCCCUAUCAGGACCCUCCUCUGCCAAAGAGCUCAGCUUGUAUGAGGUGUCACAGCUUCUAUGGGACAUCCUGGGAGAUGUGUGUGAGCCCUUCUACUACAGUCUUCUGGGUUUGGACCAGAGCACCAGCACCAGGAGAGCAAUGAAGCAAGUGAAUAAGUUGUUGCUGGGGGAUUGUUCGUACAGGGAGCAGAGCUGUCUCAACCCGUGGGCCUCUCUGUUCAUCUGGGCUGUGCUGCAGAACCGCAGCGAGAUGGCCGUCUACUUCUGGGAGAUGGGAGGGGAGUCUGUCCACAGUGCUCUGGCAGGCUGUAAGAUUCUGAGGGAGCUGUCUAAGCUGGAGAGUGAGACGGAGACCAAACUCUCUAUGAAGGAGCUGGCCCAGAAGUUUGAGAACUUGGCCCUUGACGUGUUCAGUGAGUGCUACCAGAGCAGUGAGAGCCGCUCUUUCACCCUCCUUAUAAGGCAGUCUCCAGUGUGGGGCAAAGCUACUUGUCUGCAGAUGGCCACCUCAGCCGACGCCCGCCACUUCUUCAGCCACGAUGGUGUGCAGUCUCUGCUGUCUCAGAUCUGGUGGGGAGAUAUGAAGAGGAGCACGAAGGUCUGGAAAUUGGUCCUCACCUUCUUCUUACCCCCCCUCAUCUACACCAACCUCAUCAGCUUCAGGGAACAUGAGGAAGAGGGGAAGUCAGAGGAGGUGCCUCAUGGUCGAGACACAGAGAGUCUGGACGGAGGAGAUGCCACUAUGUUCUCCCUCUCCGACGUCAUGCAAACGGAAGAGGAUGUCGAGGAAUAUGCUGCUCUAAGGGCCAAUCUGAAAAGUGCCCCCUCCUCCAAUCCCAAGAGGCCCUUCGUACUGCUGCGCUGGAGGGAGUUCUGGUUUGCGCCCGUCACCUCGUUCCUAGGCAACGUGCUGAUGUACUUCCUGUUCCUCGGCCUGUUUGCUUAUAUCCUAUUGUUGGACUUCAAGCCACCGCCCCCACACGGCCCGUCCACCUUAGAGUUUGUCCUCUACUUCUGGGUCUUCACCAUGGUCUGUGAGGAGUUUCGACAGACAUUCUUCAGUGGCAGCACCACUUUAUAUCAGAGAAUGAAGCUCUACAUCGAGGACAUGUGGAAUAAAUGUGACAUCACGGCCAUCUCACUCUUUGCGCUGGGAAUGUGCUGCAGAAUGUUCCCGUGGUCCUAUGAGUUUGGCCGUGCUGUGUUGGCUGUGGACUACAUGGUGUUUACCCUCCGUCUCAUCCACAUCUUCGCCAUCCACAAACAGCUGGGACCCAAGAUCAUCAUUGUUGAGAAAAUGAUGAAAGACAUCUUCUUCUUCCUGUUCUUCCUGGCGGUGUGGCUCCUGGCCUACGGCGUAGCCAAUCAGGCGCUGCUCUACUCCUACGACCCCCGUCCCGGUUGGAUAUUUCGCAGAGUGUUCUACAGGCCAUACCUCCACAUAUUUGGACAGAUCCCCAUACACGAAAUGGAUGCUGAUAAACUGGAGGAGGGGAGAGAGUGCACCAAUAACGCCACCCUGGUCAAGGCGGGGGCAGAGCCCUGCAUGAGUACCGACCACAAUUGGCUGGUGGUCAUCUUAUUGGUCAUCUUCCUGCUGGUCACCAACAUCCUCCUGGUCAACCUGCUCAUUGCCAUGUUCAGUCACACGUUCUCCAAAGUGCAGGAACACAGCGACACCUACUGGAAGUUCCAGCGCUACAACCUGAUCGUGGAGUACCACUCCAGACCCUGUCUGGCACCACCCUUCAUCCUCAUCUCCCACCUCCACCUCAUCAUCAAGAGACACAUCCGCAAGAUCCCCUCCACGAAGAUCAAACACUUUGUUCUGGAGAUCCAUGGUAGGGAGGCCAGUAGACUGAACACGUGGGAGGCCAUCCAGAAGGAGAAUAUACUGUUUGCCCAGAACAAACGAGAGAGAGAGAAAGACUCAGAGAGACUCAAACGUACCUCCGUCAAAGUGGACAGUGUAUUAAAGCAGAUGGCAGAGAUCCGGGACCACGACCGCAGGCUGAGAAUGCUGGAGACAGAGUUGGAGUACUGUACUAGUGCCCUCUCCUGGAUGACGGAAGCUCUCUCUCAGAGUAACUUGAUAAAGACCACACGUCCUCCGCCCGCUCUCAGAGAUCUGACCCCAAUCUCUCCAACUAUCUGACAAAUGUCUGAUGGAGAAUAGUGAAAUCUAGAUGUGCACACACACGCCUCUUAGCUGUCAAUUGAUGUUGAUGAUGACAAAUGUUCCUCUUGUGGAUCAGGGGUAGGUGUGUGUUAUCGCUUUAAACACACACACACACACACACACACACACACACACACACACACA